CACAUCGUUCACAUGUCCUAAUGCGGAAUAUCCACUAACAUCCAACUUGCAUCGCAAUUGUUUUUCUUUACGUUUUGGACUAGAUAAAGUGUUGAAACCUGUAAAGCAAGGCCUCAAGACGAGAAGAGAGAGAUAAGACGAGGAUACAGAGAUUGCACACACAUUACACAGACAUCAAUAAGGAAUAGCGACUAUAAGGCUCUGUCUAACCGAUCAAUCAAACAAAACAAUAUUGGAAAUAAUGUGUACGUGUUAAUUUGACCUUCUAAAAUAACGCGUUUUCCCGACGUUGGAGCCAUAACGUACUAUAAAACGUUAACUUUCCGACCGCAUCUUUAUUUGAUGUUUAUUAUAAAGCACCAUGGGUAUCAAAUCAAAGGCAAAAGCAAGAGUGAAGGAGCUCAAAAAAGUAAAAUCCAAGUUGAAAGAGGGCGCAGCAGCAAUUGCUGGGAUUGAAACAAAAGACGACGAAGAAUCAAUAGCAGAAAGAAAAGAAGAUAAGGCAGAAGGCGAACUAGGGAAGUUGGUGAAAAAGGGAAACGGCGUUCCGAAGCUGAUGAUGAGUGAGCCAGGCCGUCAGGCGUUCUGGUUCCUGAUCAUGCUGAUCUCGCUGGUGUCGUGCCAGGCCGGCCUGGCCUUCAGCUUCCUCGGUGCCACACUGCGGCCGGCGCUGGACAACCACCACGUCCUGCUGGAUCACUACGGACAGAACCAGGCCAUCCUCAAUGUCGGCAAAGCCGGCAGCCUGAUCGUGGUCGUGGGUCUGAUGAUGGUGAAAGGAUCAGCGUUCCAACUGGUCGCUGCACUCCUUGCUCGACAGAAGCGCAAGUCACGCCGCCGGUGCGCCGUCAAAUUUGCUUUUGGAUGUGUCCUCUUUGAGCUGUUGGUAAUCGUUUUUGUCUGCAUAGUCGCCGCUCUGUUUUUCUUCUGGCUGCGUCAAUUUCACGAGACGUACCGUGACACGCUGCCGCGCGCCCUAGUCAAGGGCUACCUUCAGAACACCACCAUCACCGCCUAUGUCAACUGGCUGCAGUACCGCUUCCAGUGCUGCGGAGUCACCGACUUCAAGCCACGGCGGCCAGUGAUGUCACUGCGCACAUCUGUCGAGCUCGGUGACCCGGCGGACAUGUGUCUGAAGCGCGAGCCGCCGCUGUCGCCGCCGGCCCAGCCACCGUUCUCUCGCUGCUCGUCGACCGGCUCUCUGACGGCCGCCGGCUCGUGCCACUCGGCGCCCGCUUCUGACGACGAGGACAGCGACAGUCGCACGCACACCCAGACAUACAAGGAGAGGCGCCGAGAGGCACACACCUUCGCCGAGCAGAAGCGGCGCGACGCCAUCAAGAAGGGUUACGACAUGCUGCAGGAGCUGGUCCCCACAUGUCACGCGCAGGAGGGCGCCGCCGGCACGCCCUACAAGAUGAGCAAGGCUGCCGUGCUGCAGAAGUCGAUCGAGUACACGCAGUACCUGCUCCAGCAGAAGCGCCGGCAGGAGGAGGAGCUGGCCAGUCUGCGCAAGGAGGUGGUGGCGCUGCAGAUCCUCAAAGCUAACUACGACCAGGUGGUGAAGGCGCACCAGGCGCGGCCGGGCCCGCAGGACGCCCAGGUCUCGGACGAGGUCAAGUUCCAGGUGUUCCGCGCAGUCAUCGACAGCCUCUUCCAGUCGUUCGAGGCCAGCGUGUCCACCAACAGCUUCGCCGAGCUCUCCGGCUCGAUGAUCGCCUGGAUGGAGGAGGAUGUCAAACCGCAGGUGCUGCGCGACACCUGCGUCCGCGUGCUCAGACAGAUCAAGCCGAACCUCUAGCGGCCAGUGUGCCUUGGCGGUAAGCAGCAUAACGCGUGAGUACUGCUGGUGCGUCUGCUGUUGUAUUCUCAGUUUUAGUGGGAGGCUGUUCGAAUCAUGGAUAAGCCAUGCGAGUGGGUAGUUAGCUGUGGUAUAUCGUGUGCACCAUGAUACGGGUGCGAGCGGAGGUGCUGCCCUCGGCCCGGGAGGCCGGGCACCGCAGCGCCCUCUGCCCUUCCUUCACAAACCCGGUACGUGCCAGGAAAUGUUAUCGCACUCGUGUGUGCGGCACCUGUUUCAGCCGUCGAUGAUUUAAAUGUGGUCUGAGGCACCGCUCAAUGUAGCACCUGUGUGAGCUCCAUACACUAAGCAGUAAGGUUUGUGCGGUAGGCUAUAAAAGCAGCUCAGGUUUGUGCAAUAGAUCACUGCCUCCCUCUCUGUAAAAGUGCAUAUACGAAGCUCGCUCAUCCUGCAGUCCACAAGGUUAGCAAUGACCAAAGUGGAUGAAGUCAGUGUAAACAGGACUUUACUGUCCCAAAUGUUUUAAAUUUCCAAAGCACCGAAUUUCUAACGUGCGUAAUAAGUUUUUACGUUCACCCGGAAUUAAACGAAACUCGUUAUACAUAGGACAUCAGACGAGCUUUGGCUCAGCUUUUCAAGACGCUACAGUUCGUAUGGUUAGAUAAUCAAGUUAGCAUUAUGACCUGUCUGAGGAAUAGAGGCUAUUUUUGAUCUUAUGCAGGGUCCCAGAGAUCGCACAUAACUAAUUAGAAGUGUACGCUUUAGUCAGUGACGAAAAGUAGCUGCAAAGUAUGACUGUUGAGUAACAAUCACAGCUUUUCGAUUGUGGAUUUGUGUACCUGAACAAUGGGUGGACACUUGUUAUCAACAAAAUUAAGUUUUUCCUUUGCUUGGCAUAGGUCAGCGAUUUAUUAUAUUGGCUGUUUUCAGCAGUGCCUACAAAUAUGGCCAUUAUGAGGUUAACAUUUCCUAAUUAUUUUCUAAAUAUAGGACUUAUGCCUUAUUUGGUAAUGAUUCGGAAUCUAUAUCGACCUUAUGUAUUACGAGCGUCCUUUUUGGCUGUUAUAACCAUGGUGGCUAUGCUGUUUAUUCUCGGUCCAAUGGCCAACCAGUAGCUCAUAAAGUGCAGGAGUUGUUACCAGCUGAGGAGUGUGAGUGUAUUUGUAAUUCUGUUUGUCGAGUUUGUGCAAUGGUACAGUGUUUUGUGAGUGGUGUGUAUCGGGAAACUUCUUAUUUUCUCCUCUUUUCUCGACAAUUUCUCUGAAUGAGUUUUUUAUUACAACACUAACGCUGCCUUAUCUCGGCUAGGCGCUGCAGAGGUGUGUUGUACGGAUUAUUGUCCAUUAGAUGUACUGUGGUGGGUAAAAAUAUAUGGCUAUCCUCA